AUGUGGCUGAUCACUGGCCCCUUCGAUGGGGAACUAGGAAACGUCUCCGCUACAAAGACGAAACUGCUGAGAGCGGGAAAGAAGUAUUCUUUAGGCCGAAAGGAUCGUCAACUAGUUGUGAACAACAAAAAGAUCUCUCGAGACCAUUGCGACUUCACAGUAGGCCCAUACACAGAGGAGAACGUGGAAGAUCCGUGUUUCGUUCCGAAGAUUGAGAUAUACAACGCCAAAGAGAAGGCCAUGACCAUUGACCGAGGCGGGAAGCCUUUCAUCGUGGACCCAUUGUCUCCUUGCGAAUUACAAAGCGGUGAUAUGAUUAAUAUCGUGGUCGGAAUUAUCAUCCAAGUGGAUUGGAAGCAGAUAGCUUGUUUUCUGCCUCCAGUGCGGAACUCGCCCUCCAUUCCAAGACAAGAUUGUGCUUCCAUGGGCUUAAGCAUGGUAACGACGACGCAUGCGCUGGUGACACAUCAUAUUACCCCCAAGUAUGAACUUACGGUUCCCCUAGCGACUUCCCUACUUUCAGCCGCGCAGCUAGUCAAAUCGGAGUGGCUGCAAGAAUGUAUACGUCUCGGAACUACCGAAGAUGAUACAAACUUGUUCAAGUCCACUCAGCUCGAACAGGUUUUCAACCUCCCGCUGGAGAGCAAAUAUCGACCAGCCUUCUCACCCGGACUGCCUCCGACAUUCAAAUCCUUCAAGUUCUGGGAACCCAACGAGGAGAGGUUGAACUUUCUGAAUGGGUAUCGCUUCGUCUUGCUUGCCAACAAGAAUGCUGAAGUCGACGGUGAUACGAGAGAGCUUUGCCUACGAGGCGGGGGAGAAUAUGAUGGCUUCCCUCUGACAUCCGGCCAUGCGAAAUGGCGGCAAAUGCUUGCAAAGGCGAAGCGUAAAAAGGAAGAAGUGGGUAUAAACGUCCUCAUUGUCACGGACGAUAGGCCCAUUCAGGCUACUGUUGGGCCGACCAAGUGGCAAGAGAUGGUUGCCGAUGCUCACACUAUGUCCGUGUCAAUCAUUACUGUCGAGACGCUGUUAAAUGCGGUAAUCAGCAUCGAUGCUUCGAUCCUACUGAGUGCUCCUGAUCCACACCAAGACUGUUCUCCACCACCAGGUAAUGCGAACGCGCAUCCUGAGGAGUCAUGUCUUGCCUUGGCUCCUUCACGUCCAGAAGCGAUCGAGGUUGAUCGCCAUUCCAGUCCACGUCCUCCAGCUGAACCGGAGACUUCUGCCUGGAGAUCCAGAUCCCCCCAACCCGGUGCGGAGACUAACGUCCAGCCUCCACCAUCCAGAAGACAACUUAUUCGUUCUGUGAAACCCCUAUCGACUAACAGUAACCGAGACCAAACUGAUAGUAACGUAGGAGCUACGGUUCCACCGGCUCCAUCCAUUAAUCGUCCGAAGCUGAAGAGACGAGCAGCAACUCCGACGGCAGGGACGGCCUCUGUGAUGGAAUCUAUUCUUGCUGAGAAAGAGAUGAAUCGAGAACCUCCCCUCAAAAAGUUUAAAGCACUUUUUGAUGCGAGUGAUCCAGACAAGAUGUCUACUGACGCCCCAAAUAGUGGGACCUCUGCGGGCGUUUUCCGGGAUACCGGAAGCGCUACACAAAGCGCAUCUCUUCAUGCUCCCCUCCAUGGAACAGUCCCAGGUAUGCGAGCACUAGAUGCAGUCGCAGAGGAAGAGGAAGGAAGCAGCCUUGCUGGACCGCUGCUUUCCCAAUCAUUACCGGCACAGCUCCCCAACCAACUUGCCAUCGCUCAAAGAGUACCAGCUCGCGCCCGUCAGACAUCCAGGGAGCCCGUCGGUGCUGUCGAUGGGGAGAAGGACCAUGCUGACACUGCGGAAGAUCAGAUGGCAUCCAAACAAUCCAAGAAGUCUACGAGGCAACUAGAUACUGAUCAGGCGUUUUUGAUUGCAGUGGCGUCGAGAAAGAGGGGAAAGAAGGGAGAAGACAAUUUUGAUCGUGAAUUCAACAAACUGCGUAUCUCACAGCCGGAUAUCCACGGAGAGCAAGAGGAAGAUUGGGCAGUUCUAGGAGAUUUCGAUGACGACAUUAGGAACAUAAGGGGGAACUUCAUGGUAGUGACGGAGGUAGACGUUUACAGAAACGGCCGGCCGCGUGAAAUAACGGCCGUUCGACGGGACUACGAUGGGAAACCGAAUUUCAAAAAGUUCAAAAAGACACCUACACCCUCAUUGAGGCACUCCGUCGAAUUGGUGAUAAAAGCAGAGGAUGACUACGGAGUGGGCCCAGGUUAUUGGAAGGAUAGUACAGCUACGAAAGACUCCACUUUGCCACCAAGUCAGCCAGGAGUCCAGAGACGACCACGUACGAUUCUCGAGUCCGAAGAUGAAGACACUGAAAAGUUACCGGUCGCGAAGAAGCCAGGGAAGCAACUUGCUGCCGGGGGAGGGAGGUCCCAGGCAGCACGACUUUUCCUGGACUCCGAUGAGGAGUCUACCCAAGGUAAAGGCUCGCGAUGGUUUACGCAAGGGCGGGAGGCUCCGAACCAGGGCGUCCGUACCGGCGGGGUGCGAAGCAAUAAGCGACACAUCAUCGCGGAUGAUGAUUCAGACGAGGAAGCCGCUUUCAAGGGAUUUGGGAAGAAACGCAGAGUUCGGUAG